AUGGCCUCAGAACCUUCGAAUUCUACCGUCCCCGUGAAACAGUUCUACUCGACACCAUCGCCGUUCGAGGAACGAAUUGGGUAUUAUCGAGCAGUCCGCCACGGCCAGCACAUCUUCGUCUCCGGCACCACCGCAGUUGACCCCGCAUCUCCGGCUCAAGCCCCGCAAAUCCUCUUCCCUGACGACGCACGCCAGCAGACGCGAGUGGCGCUCCAGGAAUGCCUCAAGGCUGUGCAAUCACUCGGCGGUAAGGGGGCAGAGAACGUGGUACGCGUGCGAAUGUUCGUCAGUCGACCUGAGGACUGCACCGCUGUCGGGGAGGGGUUUACGGAGAUGCUGGGGCGGAAAAGCCAGCCGGGCGUUGGAGCAGCGGCGACAAUGCUAGUUGUGCGAAAUGGGUUUGUGGAUGAGAGGAUGCUUGUUGAGAUCGAGGUGGAUGCCAUCGUCGAGUGA